AUGGAAACUUACUCUGCCUCAAUAGCACCUGUUAUAUGUAACAGCACCACUUUUAACCUAAAUGGAUCCCAUUUGUGUAACGAAAGCAUGUCUUCGAGGUUAGCUGAUAAAUCAGAGCACCAACAAUACGUUAUUGGUCUCUUCUUAUCAUGUCUUUACACAAUCUUUCUUUUCCCUAUUGGUUUUGUGGGAAACAUUCUGAUACUGGUUGUCAACAUAAGCUUUCGUGAAAAAAUGACCAUUCCAGACCUUUACUUCAUAAACCUCGCAGUAGCUGAUCUCAUUUUAGUUGCUGAUUCUCUGAUUGAGGUUUUUAACCUGGACGAAAAGUACUACGAUAUCACUAUCAUUUGUACCUUUAUGUCUUUGUUCCUUCAGAUCAACAUGUAUAGCAGCAUUUUCUUUCUGACAUGGAUGAGUUUUGACAGAUACAUAGCACUGGCAAAAGUAAUGAGGUCCAACAUAUUUCGUACUAUGCAACACGCUAGAUUAAGCUGCGGGCUCAUAUGGAUGGCGUCCAUUUCUGCAGCGCUAGUGCCAUUUACAGCCGUGCACUUACAACACACCGGAGAGGUCUAUUUCUGUUUUGCAGAUGUAAAAGAAAUCCAGUGGCUAGAAAUCACCUUGGGGUUUAUUAUCCCCUUUGUGAUCAUCGGUCUUUGUUACUCAUUAAUUGUCCGAGUCCUUAUAAAAGCACACAAGCAUCGGAGUCUUCGGCUGCGGCGGCAAAAGGCUCUGCGAAUGAUUUUUGUCGUCGUCCUGGUUUUCUUUAUCUGCUGGCUACCUGAAAACGUCUUCAUUAGUGUUCAGCUCCUCCAAAAGAAAAGCGAGCCUGCCUCUUCAAGCAGCCCAUCCUUCAGACAUGAUUAUCCUUUGACAGGACAUAUUGUGAACCUAGCAGCUUUUUCUAACAGCUGUUUGAACCCCUUGAUUUACAGUUUUCUAGGGGAAACCUUCAGAGACAAGCUGCGGCUGUACAUCGAACAGAAAACAAAAAUGUCAACGUUGCAUCGCUUCUGCCAGGCUGCCCUGACGUCUGUCAUUCCUGACAGCAACGAGCAAUCUGAAGUCUGA